AUGAAAAAUACCGUUACAAAAUACGUUCUAUUGACUCUAGUGCCCUGUGUGUUUGGUUUUCCUCGUCCAGUUUCUCAACCGACUUAUUCAACUAAUCCUUAUUUAAGUGCGCAAGUGUUACCGCAAGUGCAGUACAACAAACAACCGGAAGCAACGGGGUAUGUACCGCAGUAUUUGAGACAACCAACCAAUCGCCCCGUAUACGAUUCAAAAGCGCGAGAAGGGCUGCAGAAUUACGCAACGCAGGAUCAGCAGACCCACGUCAAUGCUGGGAGUAAUGUAGAUCGACAGGUACAAAGUCCUCUCCAAUUAUACGAUAAUUUGAAACCAUUAUUGAUUUCUCAAGCCCGAGAAUCAUCUCCUUCUGCAACAUAUCAGAAGAAAUAUGUGACGCAGCCACAAACAUAUCAAACUGAACAAUAUCAGACGCAGCCACAGCAAUAUGUAGUUGAAAAGCCAACGCAAGUCAGAUACGUACAAAGACCAGUGACUGUACCACGAAGACAACAACAAGAUCAGGGUCUUCAAGAAGAAGAAGAUUAUGAUCCGAAUCCCUCGUACCAAUUUGGAUUUGACGUGAAGGACGAACUGAACACCAACUAUCAGAACAGAAAGGAACAAAGAGAGGGCAACAAAAUUACAGGAAGUUAUUCAGUAGUCGACUCAGAUGGGUUCAUUCGGACUGUUUCAUACACGGCUGAUCCGAAAGAAGGUUUCAAAGCGGAGGUGUCUCGACAGCCAACGGAUAUAGUAGUGAAAGUACCCAAACCACUACCACAGUUUCAAACACCAAAACAAAGAGUACAAUAUGUUCAGGAGACAGCACCUCAAAGAAAUCCAGCUCCAGACCAUAGACAGCCAGCCAAUAUAAUUUACCAAUAUCAGUAAUUUUUUUAACAAUUAUGUAGUUCAAAAAUUGUUAUUUUGUUAGAAGACUGUGGUUUAUUUGA